AGCCGUCGCCGAGGAACAAGGGAGGAGCUGCAGUUGGCGGACGGGCUAGAGAAGAGAGGCGCUUGCGCCUGCGAGCUGGGCUUGUGAGUGGGGCUGCCCAGAGGGCAGGCGUGGGGCGAGGCCAAAGGACUGAACCCGCAGGAGCGUCACGGGCGCCGGGGAGGCUGCCGACGGCGGGCCUGGGUCAGUGAGAAGCCCGUGGGCCCCCGCCCUGCCUGCUACCCCCAUCCCCACCUGCGCGCUCCCCAUGGGGGACGACCCCCGAUUGGGUCUGAUGCCUACCCUCGGGGUGGAGCCGGCAGGUUUUCUAUCAGAUGUUCCACGUAAUAAUGCUGGAGUUAAGAAGUUUCCAUUAUUUUGCUCCAAACCAGAAGACUCUGUUCCCUGUAUAUAGAAUAGGAGUAAUAUUUGAAAACAACUGGCUGAUGUUUAAAGCUGAAGAUUGUCGUGAUUGUUUAUCCUAAUCCCAAUGCUGAAGUAAGAUUGUCUUGGAAAUACUAAGUUGGGGAACCAGUCAGAAGCAUCUGGAUUAGGCAUUUAGUGAUACAAGGAUCCAGAAUAACAAAAACUAUGUACCAGCCACAUUCACACAACAGGGUAAUCCAAAUCUACUUCUGGAACCAUGAAAAUUUUGCUAGUUUUUGACUUUGACAAUACAAUCAUAGAUGACAAUAGUGACACUUGGAUUGUACAAUGUGCUCCCAACAAAAAGCUUCCUAUUGAGCUACGUGAUUCUUAUCGAAAAGGAUUUUGGACAGAAUUUAUGGGCAGAGUCUUUAAGUAUUUGGGAGAUAAAGGUGUAAGAGAACAUGAAAUGAAAAGAGCAGUGACAUCAUUGCCUUUCACUCCAGGGAUGGUGGAACUCUUCAACUUUAUAAGAAAGAAUAAGGAUAAAUUUGACUGCAUUAUUAUUUCAGAUUCAAAUUCGGUCUUCAUAGAUUGGGUUUUAGAAGCUGCCAGUUUUCAUGACAUAUUUGAUAAAGUGUUUACAAAUCCAGCAGCUUUUAAUAGCAAUGGUCAUCUCACUGUUGAAAAUUAUCAUACUCAUUCUUGCAAUAGAUGCCCAAAGAAUCUUUGCAAAAAGGUAGUUUUGAUAGAAUUUGUAGAUAAACAGUUACAACAGGGAGUGAAUUAUACACAAAUUGUUUAUAUUGGUGAUGGUGGAAAUGAUGUCUGUCCAGUCACCUUUUUAAAGAAUGAUGAUGUUGCCAUGCCACGGAAAGGAUAUACCUUACAGAAAACUCUUUCCAGAAUGUCUCAAAAUCUUGAGCCUAUGGAAUAUUCUGUUGUAGUUUGGUCCUCAGGUGUUGAUAUAAUUUCUCAUUUACAAUUUCUAAUAAAGGAUUAAUAUGUCAGCAAUUGAAAAGUGUACCACUUAAGAUUAGGUUCAGCAGCAUAAAACUAAAACCCCAAAUACCAGAGGCUUAAAAAAAAAAAAGAGAGAGAAUUUUUUUUUCCUCUCACAUAAAAGAAUUCCAGAGGUAAAUAUUUCAGGGUUGCUGUGUUAGUCCACCAACCUCAGCACUUGGCAUUCAACCCAUGAUCCAAGGUUGCUGGUGAAGCUCUAGCCCUCACAGCAGCACUCUGGCCAGCAAGAAAGAGGGCAGUGAGAAAGUUACAUCCCCUGCCUAAAGAAAUUUCCCAGAAGUUGUACCCAACACUUCUAUUUAAAUGUCACUGGCCAAACUUAGUCAUAAUGCCUUACUUGUAAAUAGCAAGGAAGGAUGGAAAAUAUAGCUUUCAUUCCAGGUAGUCAUGUGCCCAGGAAAAGUUGGGGAAAAAAGUACAGAAUUGAGUUAGGUACAGCUAGUGGUGUCCACUAAAGGUGGUUGAUAGUUUAUAUUUUUUAAUUUAUUCCUGGAGCAAGUAAGCAUAUUUUAUUCUCUUAAAUAUUCCUCCUUUUUUGAGACAAGGUCUCUGUCACCCAGCCUGGAUUGCAGUGACUUGAUCUCUGCACAUUGCAGCCCCAACCGCCCGGGCUCAAGUGAUGCUCGCACCUCAGCCUCCUGAGGAGCUAGGACUACAGGCUCGUGCCAUCAUGCCAGCUAAUGUUUUGUUAUUUUUUGUUAGAGAUGAGGUCUCACUACUUUGCACAGAUCUCAAAAUCUUGGAUUCAAGUGAUCCUCCUGCCUUGGUUUCCCAAAGUUCUGGGAUUACAGGCAUGAGCCACUGUGGCCAGCCAGAUAUUUAUUUUAAAAGUAUGUCCAGUAGUUACAGAUCUUAAAAAAUAAAGUCUGAUGCUUUAUUCACAUAAGAAUAAAAGGCUACCAAAUUUAUAUAAUAUCCUCCCAAACCAGUGUAUUUUAAAGAUAGGGAUGCAGUAUCUAUUGUUGAAGUUUUCAUCAAUUUCAGGCUUUCCGUUUGAAGUGAAGUACAUAUUAAUGUCCUUCAAAUAUUCUAACUUUAUAUCAUAGCACCAUAGACAACUACAGUAGCUAGUUUAAUUGGUGUGUUGUUUAUAUUUGGCAAUGCAGUUUUGAGCAAUUCAAUACUGUCUGUAAUUUGCAGGAAUACUCAAUAUUUAAGACUUCCAUAUAGGGAUAUUAGCAAAAUAUCAACUGAUCUAAAAUGUUUUAUAAGUCCAUGCUAAUUUCUAGAUUGAUGUUUUAGCCAUAAAAAUGCAGUAUUUAAUAAUACUGUAUUUUCCAAAUUAUGGAAAGCUUCAGAAAUAGAAAUAUUCAAUGUAAUUAGUACUCUCUAAUCUUUUUUCUAGGUUGAAAAAUCUUUGUUUUGCUUUAGGUUAGAUUAUGUUGAAACACAUCUGUGUUUCAGAUGUGUUCAGAGCUGAGGUCUCAGCUGAGGCUCCACUGAAGCAGGAUUCACUUCCAAAAUAACAGAGUUGUUGCCAAUAUUCAGUUCGUAGCAAACUACUGGAACAAGAAUCUGUUUUCUUGCUGACUGAAUUUCUUGCCAUGUGGCCCUCUCCAAAUGCUGGACAUAAAAAAGUAGGCUGAGCACAAUGGCUCACACCUGUAAUCCCAGCAGUUAGGGAAGCCAAAGUAGGAGGAUCGCUUGAGGCCAGGAGUUCAAAACUAGCCUGGGCAAUAUAGGGAGACCCCCAUCUCUACAAUAAAUAAAAAUAAAAGCUUUCAUUUACAAUGAUGGUAGACCAAGAAAUUUGUCCUAGAUCUUCACUGAGAACAUCUAGAAAAGCUGGCAGCUGAACAAAAUUUUAAAAACAUCUGGGCUGGGCACGGUGGCUCACACGUUUAAUCCCAGCACUUUGGGAGGCAAGGCUAGAGGAUCACUUGAGGUCAGGAGUUUGAGAACAGCCUCAGCAACAUAGGGAGACCCCAUCUCUUAAAAAAAAAAAAAGAUAAACUAAAAAUAAAUUAAUUAAAAACACCUGGUUGAAGACAUCAGCGAGCUGGCAACAAUGAAGAAUUCCUAAGGAAACAGAAACUUUGUUAGGGGAGCUGUUUUCCCUUGUGUUGGCCAAUUCUGUAAGUGGUAAGUGAUUGCUGAGCUGUUGAAUGGCCAUUUUGACAACCUUAUGGGACAAGGAAGAAGGGACCUGCACUGGUAAACCCUUUCCCUUACUUGGAGUGAGGAUCCCAAAUGGCUACUCAUUAGGAGUAACAGUGGUCCAGAAGUAAGCAGGCCUUCAAAGGGAUGGCAGCUCAGCUUCAAAUACCCUCAGUUUCUGAAAUUAGAUUGAGGUUAUCUAAGGUUUUUAGAGCUCUCAGAUGCAUGGCAGAAGCAAAUCUACAUUUGCUUUUCAGGAAGAAAUUAACAUCCUAGGUGUGGCAGACAGACUCUAAGGUGGCCACUAUGAUCCCUGUCCCCUGGUAUUCCUUGUGUGGAGGGAGACUCCCAUGACUUGAUUCUAAUCCAUAGACUACCACGAAGAUGAUGAAAUGGACAUGAUUACAGCAAAUUCUAAUGUUCAUCUUAAGAGACUCUUGUUGACUUUGAAGAAGCAAGCUGCCAUGCUGUAAACCAGCCUUUGGAGAGGGCCUCAUGGCAAGAAACUAAGGGUGGCCUCUAGCCAGUAGUCAGCAAGAAAACAGAUCCUUGUUCUAGUAGUGUGCCAGGAACUGAAGAUUGCCAACAACCUUGUUAUUUUGGAAGUGAAUCCUGGUUCAGUGGAGCCCUAGCUGAGACCUUAGCUCUGGCUAACACCUUGAUUGCAGUCUUUUGAGACCAGGAAACAGAAAGAAGCCAGCUAAUCUGUGCUUGGACUCCUGACCCACAGAACCUGUGAGAUAAUAAAUGUGUCUUGUUCUUAACACACCAGAUUUGUGGUAAUAUUGUUACACAGUGUAGAAAACUAACAAACUAGGCCUCAAAAUAAAUCUAUAAACAGUUUUGCAGGUACACUGUAGAACACACAAUAAAAAGUAGCCACAGAAAGAGACAUGAGUGUAUACCAGCAGAAGCUUCUAUUUAAACAUCUGUAGGGACCUCCAGAUAUUGGAGUUUUCAGAGACAAGCUUAAAAAAAAAAAGAAAAAGAAAAUUAAACUUACAAGAAUUUUGGCAAAGAAUUGAAAAUUAUAUUGAAAACAAAAUGAAACAGCUAGAUGGGGGGGAUAAGUUCUAGCAUUCUUGUGCACUGUAGGAUGACUAUAGUUAAUAAUAUAUAUUUCCAAAUAGAGGAUAUUGAAUGUUCCCAACACAAAUGAGAAAUGUUUUGAGUUGAAGAAUAUGCUGAUUUCCCUGAUCUAAUCACUGUGCAGUAAAUGUAUCAACAUAUCACCAUAUAUGCCAUAAAUAUGUACAAUUAUUUUGUGUCAAUUUAAAAAAAUUUUUAAAGGAAACACUAGAACUGAAAAUUAGCAUGACUGAAAUUAGGAAACUGAUGGAUAGAAUUGACAGAACGGGCAUAGCUGAAGAAAGAAUUGGUGAAUGAAAACAAAUUAGAAGAAAAAAUCCAGAAUGAUGCAGAGAGACAAAAUAAUAAAAAUACAAAAGUUGAGACAUAGAUUUAGUAAGAAGAUCUAACAGAGGAAAUUUAUGUCCCAAGAGAGGAGAGAGAAAAUGAAACAUAAGCAAUAGUUUAAGAGAUAAUUAUUGGCCGGGCGUGGUGGCUCAUGCCUGUAAUCUCAGCACUUUGGGAGGCCUAGGCGGGCAGAUCACGAGGUCAGGAGAUCGAGACCAUCCUGGCUAACAUGGUGAAACACCACCUCUACUAAAAAUACAAAAAAAUUAGCCGGGCGUGGUGGUGGGCGCCUGUGGUCCCAGCUACUCGGGAGACUGAGGCAGGAGAAUGGUGUGAACCCGGGAGGCGGAGCUUGCUUGCAGUGAGCCGAGAUUGCACCACUGCACUUCAGCCUGGGGGACAGAUUGAGACUCUGUCUCAAAAAAAAGAAAAAAAAAAGAUAAUUAUUAAAAACUUUACAAAAUUGAAAGAUAGAUCCUGAGGCAGGACUUGGGUAAAACAAAAAAGAAUACAAAAAAUAUAUUUAAAAACUUUGUAAAAAAAUUGAAAGACAUCAAACUUCAGAUUCAAGAACCUUAUAAACCCCAAACAGGAUAAAUAAAAUGAAAACCACAUGAAAUUACACCAUUGUAAAACUGCUGAUAACCAAAGAUGGAAAAAGUAUAAAGAAGCCAAAAGAAAUAUUACUUUGAAAGGAGCAACAAUUAAGCUAAUAGCUGGCAUUUUUUCUUUCUUUCUUAAAUGCUUGAUAGAAUACAACAGUGAAACUAUCCAGACCUGGAGUUUUCUCUGUUGAAAGGUUUUAACCACGAAUUCCAUUUCUUUUACGGAUAUAGGACUAUUCCAUUGUGAAGCUUUUCUUGAGCAAGCUUUGGUAGUUUGAUUGUGUUAAUUAUCUAUUGCUACACAAUAAAUUAUUGCAAAACUUAACAGCUUGGAAAAAUAAACAGUUAUCUCACAGUUUCUGUGGGUCAGGAAUUCAGGAGCAUUUAGCUGAGUAGUUCUGGCUCAGGAUCAAAAAUGGGUAAAGAUGUUAACUAAGGCUGAAGCCAUAUGAAAGCUUGACUGGGGCUAGAGUAUCUGCUUCCAAGGUGGCCCACUCGUGGUUUUUGGCAAGAAGCCUCAUUUCCUUAUUGGCUAUUGACAGGAGGCCUCAGUUUCUCAGUGAUAGAAAGGCUCAAGGUAUUGCUGAUUGGCAGAAGGCUUCAUUUUCCAACUACAUGGGCCUCUCCAUAGUGCUGAUCAAGUAUCCUUAAAAAAAAAAAAGGUAGCUGUUUUCUUGCCAAGUGAGUGAGCCAAGAGAAAGGGCAAAGAAGAAACCACAGGCCAGGCGUGGUGGCUGAUGCCCUUAAUCCCAGCACUUUGGAAGGCCGAGGUGGGUGGAUCACCUGAGCUCAGGAGUUCAAGACCAGCCUGGCCAACAUGGAAACCCCAUCUCUACUAAAAAGUAGCUGGGUGUGGUGGCAGGCACUAGUAAUCCCAGCUACUUGGGAGGCUGAGGCAGGAGAAUCGCUUGAACCCGCGAGGCGGAGGUUGCAGUGGCCGGAGAUUGUGCCUUUGCACUCCAUCCUGGGCGACAAUGGCAAAACUCCGUCUUAAAAAAUAAUAAUAACAAUUAAAAAAGAAGAAACUACAAGGCCUUUUGUUACCUAUGUCAGAAGUGGCAGAGGCCGGGCACGGUGGCUCAGGCCUGUAAUCCCAGCACUUUGGGAGGCCGAGGCGGGCAGAUCACGACCAUCCUGACUUAACACGGUGAAACCCCUUCUCUACUAAAAAUACAAAAAAUGAGCCGGGCGUGGUGGCGGGCACCUGUAGUCCCAGCUACUCGGGUGGCUCAGGCAGGAGAAUGGCGUGAACCUGGGAGGCGGAGCUUGCAGUGAGCCGAGAUCGCGCCGCUGCACUCCAGCCUGGGCAACAGCUUGAGACUCCGUCUCAAAAAAAAAAAAAGGAAAAGAAAAAAAGGUGGCACACCAUUACUUCUGCCAUAUUCUGUUUGUUAAAAUAGAACACUAGUCUAACCCACACUGAAAAAGAGGAGAAUUAGACACCACCUUGGGGUGAAUGAAAGUCAAAAAAAUGUGUGGACAUUUAAAAACCACUAGUGUCACUUGAGGACUUUGUUCAUUUGGUCAAAGUAGUGAAAUUUAUGAGCAUGUUUUUCAUAAUGUUCUUUUAUUAACCCUUUAAUUUUAUAGCAUAUGCCUAUAUGCCCACUAUCUAGAUUCUACCAUUAACAUUUGACUCUUCUUGUUUUGUCACAUAUCUAUCUAUUCUUCUAUGUAGCCAUCCUUUUUUUUCUUCUGCCUUUUUUACAUAAGUAUUGUCUUUUCUCUUUUCUUCUUUGCUCCCCAGUUGAUUAAACCAGUGUUUCUCUGGGGCUGAUUGGGACUCAAGUGUCUUCCAGCUUUGUGUGAGCUCUGGGAAUUGUUUAGCUUAUAGUUCUGAGGGUCAUUCUCUGCCCAGGCUUACGGGGUUUUAUCCUACACAAGUAUGUCUUAGUAUUCAACCACAGACUCAAGGGGGGACAUCCUCCCUUGCAGAUUUCUGGAACUCUUUCUUGAUUUACCUUCUUCCUUUCUGGUACUCUGCCCUGCAAAUUCCAGCCACUUUUGCCUCCCCAAACUGAUCUCCAUUCCUUCAACUCAACAAGACUACUGUGGUCUGUUUGGGGGAUCCCCCCCUCCCCGCACCUUGGGCUGGAAUGUGUCUCCAGGCAAAAGUACAGGCAAUUAUAAGGCUCUCCUCAUUUGUUUCUUCUCUCUCAGGGACCACAGUUCUGUACUGCUUGUUGACCAAUGCUUGAAAACUGUUAUUUCGUGUCUUUUGUCCAGUUUUUAAAUUAUUUACAGUGGGAGGAUUAGUCCAGUCCCACUUCCUCCAGAAAGAGUAAUUCGGGAAUCUCAUUUUUAUUUUCUAAUGCAACAUAGUGGUAAGACCUCCACUCUGAAUUAGAAAGACCUGAAUUUGAAUUCUAGCUCUGAAUUGAAUAAAUAGCUUCUUAAUAUUGUGGUUUUCUUUUAAGUGGGGAUAAUGAAAUUCCCUAUCUCCUGAGAUUAUUGUGAAGAUUUACUGAAUUAGGCAUUGUAUUAAUUUACUGUGGCUGCUGUAACAAAUUACUACAAACUGGGUGACUUAAAACACAGUUUUGGAGACCAAAAGUCCAAAACAGUUUCACUGAGCUGAAAUCAAGAUGUCAAUAGGACCACGGUCCUUCGCAGGCCCUAGGGGGGAUUCAUUCCUUGCCUAUUCCACCUUCUGGUGGCCACAGGCCUUUGGCUUGUGGCUGCAUCACUCCAAUCUCUGCCUUCAUAGUUACAUUCUUUUCUCCUCUUCUCUCUGUAUCAAAUUCCCCUCUGCCCCUUUCUUAUAAGGAUUGCAUUUAGGACCCGCCCAGAUAAUCUAGGAUAAUCCCCUCAUUUUUAAGAUCCUUAAUCACAUCUGCAACCCAUUUUUCUUACAAGGCAACAUUUACAAGUUUCAGGGAUUAGAACACGAUGUCUUUCUGUGGCCGUUAUUUAGCCUACUACGAGGUGAUAAAGCAUUUGACACACAUUCACUAAUAAUCAAAACAUUUAACAAACACUACAAGGCACCAAGGCACCAACCUAUCAGAUAAUAAUCACCAACUAAUAAGAAUGGAUGCUGGCCACAAACCCCCCUAACAGUGCCUUUGGCUGAAUAGCAGCCCUGUACUUGCCGUAUGCCAGCAUCUCACACAUCCUAUACACCGAAUAAAUAUGAGUUCAUUGAGAUCCGACUUAAGUCAUUUCUACUUCUUUUUAAAUGUCUGGGCAUGUUCUUUGGUCGUUUAUUUGCAGGGUCUUGUGUUCUGCUUCUCUAUUUGUCUGAGUACUUCAUAUAGGGAGGAUGCUAACAUUCGCAUAUUUGUGACAAAUGUUUGCAUUAUAUUGUGUUAAUAUUUUCUAAAUCUUAUGCUUGAUUAUAUGUAUCUAGAUAAUAUGUUCUUAACCUUCAUUUUUAAAUAUAUACAUUUAAAUUGAGUAUAUGGCUUAUUAUCUCAUUAGGUUGUAUUAAACUUAAUGAAACAAAUAUGCUGAUAUACACUAACUAGGCUUUUUGAAUGCAAGAUUCUUCUUUAAAUCUUUUUCUUUGCAAACAAAAGGAUCUCUGUUUUCCCCAAAGAUAAGCAAAUUUGUCAUGGCCAGUUUUUAUUAUGCUUUAACAUGCACUUAUAAAAUAGAGAUGUUAGAGUUAAAUGUGAAUUGCAAAGACUUAUUUUGUUUUUUUUUUUGGAGACAGGGUCUCUGUAGCCCAGGCUGGAGUGCAGUGAUGCAAUCACAGCUCACUGCAACCUCAAACUCCUGGACUUAAGCAAUCUUCCAGUCUCAGCCUCCCAAGUAGCUGGGGGAAUACAGGGAAACACCACCAUGCCCAAUUUAUUUAUUUAUUUAUUUAUUUAGUAGAGACAAAGUUCUCGCUGUAUUGCUCAGGCUAGUCUCAAACUGCUAACCUCAAGCAAUCCUCCUGCCUCAGCCUCCCAAAGUGCUGGGAUUACAGGUGGGCAUCACUGUGCCUGGCUGAAAAGACUAUUAAAGUCAUGAUAGGGUUGGAUAGAGAAGUAGAGUAUAGAAACCUCUUGUUUGUCACAUGAGUCUCUUUAGGACAGUUGUAGUAGGCAGAAUUCUAAAAUGGUCCCCAAGACUUACCCCCGCUGUACACACCCUGUUACUGUAAAUUUGAUGUAUCUACUACCUUGACUAGGUUACGUUUUAUGGCACAGUUGACCUAAUUAUCCAGGUGGACCUGACCUAAUCAGAUGAGCCUUUUAAAAGCAAAGAAUUUUCUUGGCUGGUUGCAGAAGAGAAAGUCAGAGGGUUGAAGCAUAUAGGCCAUUGCUGGCUUAAAGAUGGACACAGGUAUAUAGUAAGGAAUGUGGGCAACCUCUAGGAGCUGAGAGCAGUUCCUGGAUGACAGCCAGCAAGGAAACUGGGACCUCAUUCCUGCAAGGAAAUGAAUUCUGCCAACAACCACUUGAUCUUGGAAGAGGACCUCAAGCCUCAGAUGAGAAACACAGUCCAGGCUGACACCUUGAUUAUAGCUUGGUGAGACCUUUGAGCAGAGAGCCCAGUCACAUUAUGGCCUUACUUAUGACCUACAGAAACUGGGAGAUAAUAAACUCUUGCUUUAAAUUGCUACAUUUGUGGCAAUAGAAAACUAAUAUCUAAUUCCAUCUCUCAAGGAAUAGAUAGCCUAAUUUCACAAGCAUACUUUUUUUGUAAUUAUGUGUUUAGCAAUUUAUACUAUAAAAUACUGAAUUGUUUUUUAUCCUUCAGACUAAACACCAAGCAUCAUUGUGAUGUGUGAAGAGAUGCUAGUUAAAAUGUAUCUGCCCUUGAGAGUUCUAAGGGUGAUCUAAUUUUUCUGCAAAUCUAUUUUUAAAUUUUUAAUAAUAUGAAUAUGAUUUUUUUUAAAUGAAAAAUUUAAAGAAAUAACCACCCCACAAUCAUCUACCAGUGAAUGGGCCAGAGAAGAGCUGCCAGACAAGAUUGACUAACAUAAUCAUGAGGCCCAGAACACAGUGAAAAUGCAGCAUCCCUUGUUCAAAAAAAUUAUUAAGAAUUUCAAGACACGGCAGCAGAGCAUUAAACCAAGAGUGGGGUCCUUCUGAACAUGGGGUCCUAUGUGAUGGCACAGGUCACAAAACCAUGGAGCCAACCAGCUCUGUGCCGAGACCUCCAGCACCUUCCAGAUAAAAGCUUAACUAAGAGCUACAUACUUUCCAAAGGCACCAUUGCUUCUUCACUGGGUGACAUUUGCAAAAUAAUUGCCCAUAAUGCCACCAUCUAGGACAAUGAGAUCCUUUCAGAAUUUUCUCCAAGCUUGUAUGUGUAUAUGGAUGUGUGUUUGUGUAUGUGUCUCUUUGACACAGGUGGAUUGUUCUUAACAAUUGUUGUACUAUUGUGUCACUUAAAAUUAUAGCAGGAGUAUUUUUCUGUAUUAAUAAAUAGUAUUUAAGAAUAAAA